CAUCCCUGUUCCAGAUCGAUCUCUGGUGCCGGCGGCGAACCAUGGCGGUGGCGGCGCUACGCAACCUGGCCGCCAAGAUACGGAUCCCCGGGCCUGCCGCCCUUCGGGCUUCGCCUGCGCCGGGUCCUCUGGCCAUCUCCCACUCCACAACUCCAAAGAGUGAUCUCGAAAAGGCUCUUCUCCUAAGAAACAAUAUUGAAUCUGCUACAUAUGUGGAUCUUCACUCUAGUGCAGAGGUGUUAGGCAAAUAUUGUGAGCACACUGAAGAAAUCAUCAAACAAUAUUCUGAUGUACAUGUGGAGGUUGGAAACAAGAUGCGUACACUUACGUUGAAGUAUUUCUUUACCUGUGUCGCAAUCUGUUUCACUGAUUCUAUGAUAAGCAACAAAGAUGAAGUCGUCCUUCAGGAGCGUCAAGGUGAAGGCGUGGUGGUUCAGGAGCGUCAAGUUGAAUGAGCGCAUAUCUCUUAAGUUAUUGCCAGCUCUACUAAGUUAUUACUGUUUUAAGGGGCUAUGUAUCUCUGUACUCCUAACUUAUGGAUGCUCAACAGCUCAAGGCAGCAGUGGUAUAUGUGCAUGCCAGCUUGUUAUGUACUGUAUUUGACUAUAUGUGGUUGCUUAUGUAUGUCUGUAGUACCUUCUCAUGUAAUAUACACUAGGCAGCAGUUAUAUGUGCUUUGCCGGCUUGUUAUGGAUUUGGCACCAGUUAUAUGUGCUUUGCCGGCUUGUUA